AUGGCUGCAAUGUCCAACUCUCUGAUUGUCUCCAGAAACCCUCAGCUCUCCAACCUCUCUUCCGGUGUCGCACCUACAGUGUUGUCCUUCAAUCCCACUCGCCCUCGGAGCCUCCGAGUUGGUCCCUCGAGAAGGUCGCUCGUCGUCCAAGCUGCCUACAGGGAUGGUGAAAGAUCAGGCAGUACCGGAAUCUUCAUCGGCGGGUUUGUGUUGGGAGGACUCAUUGUUGGUGCACUCGGUUGUGUUUACGCACCUCAGAUUAGCAAGGCACUAGCUGGCGCUGAUAGGAAGGACCUAAUGAGGAAACUCCCCAAGUUCAUCUAUGAUGAAGAGAAGGCUUUGGAGAAAACACGAAAGAUAUUGACUGACAAGAUAGCACAACUGAACUCCGCCAUUGACGAUGUCUCUUCUCAGCUCAGAUCAGAAGAUGCCCCUAAAGAAGACACGUCUGUGAACCCCGAUGAAAUCGAAGCUGCAAUUUGA